AUGGAUGGAAGUGGAGACAUAGUAGUACAGGUUCGCCAAGAUAAUGAACCGCGAAUGACAAAAAAGUCUCUGCGAAAAAUCUGCACGGACAACAACUUGUAUGUGACGCCGCAUUUAAAUGAUGUUUUGUAUCUACAUUACAAAGGCUUCAGUAAAAUAGAGAACCUAGAAGAAUACACUGGGCUGAAAUGUCUCUGGUUGCAAAAUAAUGACAUUGAGAAGAUUGAGAAUCUCGAAAAUCAAACAAAUUUGAAAAGUCUUUUUUUGCACUACAAUUUAAUUGAGAAAAUCGAAAAUUUGGAAGUGCUUCAGGAGUUAGAUACAGUGGAUUUGAGCCACAAUUCAAUCCGAAAAUUAGAAACUAUAGACGCUCUGCCAGUGCUUGACUCUCUGUACAUAACACAUAACAAGCUUCAAACAGUUGAAGACAUAGAAAUUCUGACAAAAUGUAAGCAGCUGAGUGUUUUGGACUUGUCUUUCAAUCAUUUGGACAGUCCCGACAUUGUUAAUGUGCUUGGUGCCAUGGAAAACCUUCGAGUUCUUACGCUGACAGGAAACCCUGUACUCAAACAGCUUUCUCCAUACAGAAAGUUAAUAAUAAUAAACUGCAAACAUUUAUUACAUCUAGAUGAACGCCCGGUAUUUGAUAAAGACAGAGCAUGCACAGAAGCAUGGUUUGCAGGUGGGGAGGAAGCAGAAAAGAAACUAAUGGAAAGAUUUAUACAAGAAGAUAGAGAUAUAUGCCUAAGAAGUGCUUUGGAACUUAUACAAAUGCGUGAUAGGAAAAUUGCAGAGAGGGCUGCACAACUAGCCGAUGACACACUACAGUGUGUUUCAUUACUGUUUUCAGAAUAUUCCCAGUUACCCAACACACAAUUACAAAUUACAGCCAGUCAUUCUAAUGAUGUCAAAAGUAACUACACAAAUGCACAGAAAACUGGGGAAAGUAUUCAAGACCUUGGAAAGCAAACAGUGCCAGAAAAGACUCAUGAUGCAGAGCUCUCGCAAUGUGCAGCCUCCGAGAACAACAGCUGUGAAUUUAGUUUGAAUGCCAUUACUGCUGGGGAUAAAGGCACCUAUGAAAGCUACAACAAAGAAACUGCAGUGCUUAGAGAACAGGAAAAUCUUCAUAAUUUAGGACAAUGUGAAUUAGAAACAGAUAACUAUUUUUGUGGUCAGAAGGUCUCUGUACCCACUGAGGAGCAAAUGUUCUACAGUGCGUACAUAGACAACACAGUGGAAAAACAGGAGGAGAGUGGCAGUGAUACCAGAGAAGGCAAAUAUAAGAACUUCACCUACGACAAUUGUGAAAAUGCAAUAGCUUGUGAUUGCAGAACAGAACAUGCUGUUAAAUGUAAUGCAAAAAUAACUGCUCAUGGUCUUUCAAGUGACAAACAAUUUACAGUACACAAAGCAGCAAAAAACAUAGCAUGCAACCUAAGCACUUCCUCAUCUGAAAGUAAUAGCUGUAAUAUAGAAAAAGAGCUUGCAUUGCACGACAGAGAGAGAAUGGUGCUUGACAAGCAGAUGAAACCAGACUGUUUGAACACUGGGGUGUUGCAAAACGAAGGUGAAAAGAGCCCACAGUCUGACUGUUAUAACACAGAUUUAACUCACAAAGCAGUUGCACCAACCUCUGAGGAAAAUCUAUUAAUGUACAAUGGGAAUAAAUUAACAGGUGUAGACAUGGCAGAACGAUUAUUAAGUCAACAGUCUGCAUACAAUCCUCAAGAAGAUAAUAUUGCAGAUGAUCAUGGUGAUGAUAGAACACUGGGUUCGGGGAACAGUAAAGAUGAAACUGUUGUGCUACAGAAACAAUAG